AUGGAUCCGUCGGCUUGCUUCACCGUCUCACACCAUACCAUCGCGCCCAAAGUGCGCAGUACGCUGAGACAGGCGGAGCUCCCCCUCCCCAACCAGUCCCAGGGCAGCCGGGCCAGCCAAGGCAAUACCAGCGCACUGGCCCUUACCGGAUCAGUCGCCCUUCUGGCCCGAUACCUCCAUCGCCAGCAACGCAGCCGCGGCACCCAGGUGCAUGCUGUGGGCCCUGUGGUCGCCGCGGCCGCGGCUGCGGCCAAGGUUGCUGCGGCAGGGAAGUUUGCGGCUGCCGGGGCUGGAGCGGCGGGUGUGGCCGCUGGAAUCAAGACCAUGUCGGAGGGAAGGCGGGUUCUCGUUCUGGGCACCGGCUGGGGUUCUGUGACCUUCCUCCAGGGUCUCUCAGAAGAUAUUUCCAACUACUACGACAUCACCGUGGUGUCGCCAAGGAACUUCUUUCUGUACACGCCGCUUCUUCCUGCCAGCACAAUGGGUUCGAUUGAAGAGCGCUCCAUUGUCACGCCUAUCCGGCGGGUGAUCAAGGGCAAGGCUGAUUUCUUGGAGGCCAAGUGCGAGGAAAUCGAUAUCGAGAACAAGACUGUGAAGUGCACUCGAGCUGGCACACCCGACUUCUCGGGCGAUGUCGAUUACGAGCACUUCCCUGCGGAUGAUGUGCCCCACAAGAUGGAGUUCAACAUCAACUAUGACAUUCUCAUCUAUGGCGUCGGUGCGCAGACGAACACCUUCCGAACACCCGGAGUGGAGGAGCAUGCUUUUUUCUUCAAGGAGCUGUCCGAUGCACGGAAGGUGCGUGAGAAGGUGACGGAGCUCUUCGAGAGGGCAUCCUUGCCUACAUCCACCGAAACACAGAAGAAGAGGUGGCUCAGCUUUGUGGUCGUUGGCGGCGGUCCCACCGGAGUGGAGGUGGCCGCUGACAUGGCAGACUUCAUCACCGGUGAUGCAGCGGAGCUCUACCCCAAGCUCAUGGACUACGUCAAGGUAAAGCUCGUGAACACAGGGGAUUUCCUGCUCUCCACCUACGACCGCGGCAUCUCGCAGAAAUGCAUCGAGAUCUUCGAGGAGAAAGGUGUGGAGGUCCUGGCGGGCUACCGUGUCACCGAGAUUACCAAGAAGGAGAUCCAGAUGAAAAAGAAGGAUGGAGAGGCAGUGGCUCUCGAGUACGGAUGUGUCGUGUGGGCAGCCGGAAUCCGCCAGAACGAGCUGACGAACCAGCUCAAAGACUCCCUCAUCAAGCUCAAUGAGGGUGUUUCGGAUUCAAACGUGAAUAUCCUGAAGACGCCAGCCAACGGCAUUAUCACUGACGACUGGCUCCAGGUUCGCGGGAGCGGCGGCUCAAUCUAUGCUCUGGGGGAUGCCGCAAGCGUGCGGCACGAGCGAACAUCGCCCUACGCCGACUCGCUCUUCCAAGCUGCAGACCUGGACAACUCGGGAGACUUGACCUUGACCGAGCUCAGGGACCUGUUCCAGGGCGCUUCUGACGAGUUCCCACAGCUCGAAGAGUACGCGCAGUACCUGUCAGCAGCUGUAGAGGAGGACAAUCCUCGCGUGAACGCCAUCGCCAAGGUCUUCGGCGAAGCUCUGGAACGCGAACGACAGGCCUGGAAGAAGGCCAAAGAGCUCGUCUCGCAGCGCGCCUCGGACAGGACGAAGAGGAAGGGGUCAGGCGAAGUCGAAAAGGACUUCACGGAGUCUGAUGCGAAUUCCAACAAGGUCUUCGACCUCGAGGACAGUCUGCACAUAUUUGUAGGCUGUGCAUUGCUUGUCUGCAUUCGCCAUGCCUCCUCGUCCCCGUCCAUCCUGUGCACCUGGACUCUGGACGACUGCACCCUCUCGAUCACGAUCUCGGCGACGCCCGAGGUCUGCGUCCUCAUCGUCUUCCUCUUCCUCUUCGUCAUCAACGCCGGCGGCACCUACGACCCGGACUGCGGCACCUCAACGUUCUACUUUGACUGGCCGAAUCGCUGCCCCUUUACAGCCUCCACGACCUAUUGA